UUCACUUUCGCUUCCGCCUGAUCGCGGACUCAGCGGCCGGCGAGCAUGGACGACCCGGACUGUGACUCGACCUGGGAGGAGGAAGAAAACGAGGAGGACGGCUGCGCCCCGGGUGUCGGGGGCGACGGAGAUGGAGCGCCGGGGGAUACGGACGACGAGGCCGAGGAAGGGGCGCGGGAGGCGCGGCCCAGGGCGCCCCAGGUGCGCACCCCACGGCCCCAGCCCGGCCCCAAGCCGGCUCUGCCCAGAGACCGCGGGGCCCGCACGGAGUCCAGAGUGAUGGGAUCCCGAAACUGGCGAGCUGUUCGGGACACCUGCCGGUACCGCCACCACUACCCGGAUUUGGUAGAAAGAGAUGGCAAUGGUGACAUGCCAAACCUGAGUUUCUACAAAAACGAGAUCCGAUUCCUACCUAAUGGCUGUUUCAUUGAGGACAUUCUUCAGAACUGGAAGGACGACUAUGACCUCCUUGAGGACAAUCACUCCUACAUCCAGUGGCUGUUUCCUCUGCGGGAGCCGGGAGUGAACUGGCACGCCAAGCCUCUCACACUCCGGGAGGUGGAGGCAUUCAAAAGCUCUGAGGAGAUCAGGAAGCGACUUAUCCAGGCCUACAAGCUCAUGUUGGGCUUCUACGGGAUCCAGCUAAAGAACGAAGACACGGGCCAGGUGUGCCGGGCACAGAACUAUCUGAAACGCUUCCAGAAUCUCGAUUGGCACAGCCACAACAACCUGCGCAUCACACGCAUCCUCAAGUCCCUGGGCGAGCUGGGGCUGGAGCAUUACCAGGCGCCACUGGCACGCUUCUUUCUGGAGGAAACACUGGUGCAUGGUGAGCUGCAGUCCGUCCGCCAGAGUGCCCUGGACUACUUCGUGUUCACCGUGCGCUGCCGCCGCCAGCGCCGCCAAUUGCUGCGCUUUGCCUGGGAGCACUUCCAGCCUCGAUCCAAGUUUGUCUGGGGGCCCCACGACAAGCUGCAGCAGCUCCAAUUGGACCCUCCCGCCAAGGCCGACGAGCUGGAGUGGACCUGCAGCUCAGGGAGGGACGAAGGUGGGGACAGGGUACCCCCUGACACGCCACCCCUGGAGGAGGGAGCCCUGGAGAGGGACCAGCAUGAGGAGGAAGAUGAGGCCUGCACAGAAGAGGGGCUGGAGCCCUCAAGCCCCAAGGAGAGUAAGAAGCGGAAGCUGGAAGUGAACCGGCCACAAACCCCCCGGGACCCAGGCCUCCAGGGUGUAUCAGAGGUGGAAAAGAUAGCCCUCAACCUGAAGGGCUGUGCUCUCAGCCAAGGCAGCCUUCAGGUGGGCACCCAGGAUGUGGGUAACCAAGAACCUGGUGAGGCUGAGGAGCCCUGCCUCCAACCCCAUGGGGCCAAGGUGACCAACGAAUUGAGGAAGCGAAGGAAGGUGGACCAGGGCACUGCUGGAGCUGGGGGUGACCCUACAGUGGAACUACCAGCCUCACCCAAAGAGGAUGAGAAUGGAAUCGAGGAAGUGGCUGGUCAGGGGAGCCCAGCCACUGCUGAACCAGUGGUGGAUGAGAGUACAGAGUCCUCAGAGGCCAGACCUUUGACUCUGGCUGAACUCAAGAAGCCUUAAGGGGUGUUGUGUGUGGGCUUCUGGGCCCCAGCCCACUGUGGGGCCGUAUUGCCUAUUCUCAGCACCCAGCAGUGCCACCUCCCCUUGGUGGACACUUCAGAGUGAAGGCAGGGCUCACCCUCUUGAGAAGGCCACUGACUUGGAAUCCUUACCUCAAUCUACCGCCCCCAUCUCCCUCUGCUGUGCCCACCCCAGUCUUUGUAAAUCGAUUCAUAAGGGUCUGGGGGUGGAAAUGGACUCAUUUUCUUAGUCUGGUGCCAAGGCCUUUUCUGAAUAAAUGCAUUCCACUUUG